AUGAGACUGUUUCUGCACUUGAGUGUUUUAACUGUUGCCUGUGUCUGGGCCAUGGCUAUGGAGAUCCCCAUGAGCAUGGUGGUGAAAGAGACCUUGAUACAGCUAUCCACUCACCGAGCUCUACUGACAAGCAACGAGACGGUGAGGCUUCCUGUUCCUACUCAUAAAAAUCACCAGCUGUGCAUCAGAGAAAUCUUUCAGGGGCUAGACAUACUGAAGAAUCAAACCGUCCGUGGGGGUUCCUUGGGGAUACUAUUCCAAAACUUGUCAUUAAUAAAGAAAUACAUUGACCGCCAAAAAGAGCAGUGCGGCCAGGAGAGGCGGAAAGCGAGGCAGUUCCUGGAUUACCUGCAAGAGUUCCUUGGUGUGAUGGGUACAGAGUGGACAAUGGAAGGCUAA